AUGUUGGAGGCCCUGGCGGGCCGCGUAGUGCAUCUUGCUGUUGAUGGGGUCGGUUGCUCCUGGAGUUAUUUGCAUUCUUCUGUCUUUUGGCUUUGUGUUGCCUCUAGCUGGGCCUGUAACGUAAUCCACAAGCGAGUUGGCCACACAAGCAAGUUGGCCACUUUUCCCGAAAACGCGCUCUAUAUUGAUUCUACACAAUUCAACACGUCAAUAUGCCGCCAAUUCGCAAUAAAAAUUCAAAAAAUUCAGUUGAACAAGAGGGACGAAUCUUCAGAGAUCUAUAAUGUCUCACGGUCAACACUUCAAAACAGACUACAUGGCAUGGCAUAUCGAGCUGAAACACGCGCCAAUGGCCAUAAAUUAACUCAAUCUGAGGAGGAAUCGCUUGUUAGAUGGAUCUUAGAUCUAGAUAAACGUGGAUUACCUCCUCGACACUUUCUUGUACGGGAUAUAGCUAAUUGUCUUCUUUCACAACGCGGAAACCAACAUGUUGGAGAAAACUGGGUAUACAAUCUUGUCAAACGUCGCCCAGAGAUUGAAUCAAAGUUCUCACGGAAAUAUAACUAUGAACGCGCCAAAUGUGAAGAUCCAAAAAUAAUCCAGGAAUAUUUUGAUCGCGUACGAGAGGUUAUAUUAGAGUAUGGGAUCUUGCCAGAAGAUAUCUACAAUUUUGAUGAGACUGGCUUUGCUAUGGGACUCUGUGCGACUACAAAGGUUAUCACUGGAAGCGAUCGAUAUGCUCGGCCAAAGCUAUUACAGCCUGUUAAUUCGAUUGGGUGGGCAUUGCCUUCGUACAUUAUUUUUAAGGCAAAGAAAUAUACUCGACUAGGCUGGUUUGAGGAUCUUCCAGACGACUGGAAAAUCAAUAUUAGCGAUAAUGGAUGGACGACAGAUAAGAUUGGAUUAGAAUGGCUUAAAACUCAUUUUAUCCCUCUUAUUGAUGGCCGUACAUUGGGGAAAUAUCGGAUGUUGAUUCUUGAUGGCCAUAGAAGCCAUUUAACUGCUGAAUUUGACCGUACAUGCACUGAGAAUAAUAUUAUUCCGCCUCUUGAUGUUGGCUGUUUUGCUGUUUUAAAGCGACAUUAUGGACAGCUUGUUGAGCAGCGAAUGAGGCUUGGAUUCAACCAUAUUGAUAAACUCGACUUUCUUACUGCAUUCCCAAAGGCUCGUACGAUGGCAUACAAAGCUCAAACUGUUCGGAAUAGCUUUACAGUAACUGGAUUAGUACCAUUCAAUCCAGAUCGAGUUUAUCAACAGCUUACUGUUCGAUUGAAGACUCCAACACCCCCUCCAAGUCGAUCAAGUGAUACACAAUCAUCCUGCUUGCAAACCCCUCAAAACGCACGUCAAUUUAAGCGCCAAAUGACUACAACCAAGAAGAGAAUAAGCCGGCAUACAAGAAGUUCAUCUGAGGCUAUUGGUGAAGUGUUUACACGGGCAUCAAAGGCUUAUGAGAUGAGUAUUAAUAAGCUUACAAUUGCACAGAAGGAACUCCAUGAUCUACGGGCUGCACAUGAGAAGGAGAAGCAAAAACGCCAAAAAUCUAAAAAGCAAAUAUCCCAUGAUCAUGGAAUUACCAGAGAGGAAGCUCAGGCACUUGUACAAGGUCAGAUUGAGGCAUCUCAAGCUGUUUCUACUGCUCCGGCCGAGCCUGAGCUCCCAGUCUCUCAUCCACCUGUACGGCGUCAUUUCCGCUGCAGUGGUUGCGGUAUUGAAGGACAUAAAAUAACUGGAUGUCCAAAUCGUACUAGUAGUUAAUUCUUUUGUAUAUAAUUUGUAUGUGGUUAGAAAUUGAGAUUUGAAAUC